UUAUUACUUUGUUUUGGGGACGGACGAUGCAAACAGUCCACCGGUCGCUAUAAAAGACCUGAUCGCCGACUAUUAGUCAGUUAGAACGCUUUCGACGUUGUAAACAAUUAAUCAAUCAAAAUGAAAUUCUUCAUUGUCUUCUUCGCUUUGAUCGCUGUCGUCUUCGCUGGCUAUGGCCAGGGAGGACACGGGCAGCAAGGUUUUGGCCAGGGAGGACAAGGCCAUGGAGGACAAGGCCAGGGAGGACAUGGCCAGCAAGGAUUUGGACAGGGAGGACACGGCCAGCAAGGAUUUGGCCAGGGAGGACAGGGCCAGCAAGGAUUCGGCCAGGGAGGACACGGCCAGGGAGGACUUGGCCAGCAAGGAUUUGGACAGGGAGGACACGGCCAGGGAGGAUUUGGCCAGGGAGGACAAGGCCAGCAAGGAUUUGGGCAAGGUGGACACGGCGGACACGGAGGACACGGCGGACACGGCUACUAAAAAAACCAAUUUAAUAAACAAACACUAAAACUAAAAAACCCUUAAAAAA